AUGGCAAAAUCAUAUUCAAAGACUGAAUUUUCCAGUUUAAUGGAGAAGGUGGAGGCAGUUGAUGUUAGAGUGAAGAAUUACUUGAAUUUGGCGGGAUACGAUAAGUGGGCUAAAUCAUAUGAAUCAGUUCAUAGGGGAUGGACUUUGACAUCAAACAUUGCUGAAUCAAUUAAUACUGCACUAGUAUCGGCUAGAGAACUACCAAUAUAUGAUUUUCUAGAGGAAGUUAGAUUGAUGUUUGGUAGAUGGAACUGUGCAAACAGACAGCAGGCGUUGUAUACUUUUACAGAUCUUAUUGGUAAGUUUCAAGAAAUUCUACAACAGAAUGAAGCGGAGAGUACACGUAUGAAGGUUAUACCUGCAUCAGAAUAUAUCUAUACAGUCCACGACAAAGAGAAACAUUUUAUUGUUUGUCUUAAGGAAAAGAAAUGUUCUUGCAAUGCAUUUUAG